AUGGAUCGUAAAUUUCGAAAACUUGAUCUACAAAGCACUUCUUUCGAUUCUGCUUACAGCAGUAGCCAUUCUGCAACUUCUCUCAGUUCGUUCGACACUGACGAUAAAACAUCUGUCAGCUCUUAUUCGGAGUUAAAAUCGGAACUUACAUGUAUACCAGAGACUGAAGAUGACGACUGUUUGGAUUUUUCUGUUUCGAAAGAUUCUAGUCAUCUGUUGAGCCACCAGAACGACGAAGGAGAUAGCUUAUUGCAUUUGGCUAUCAUUAGAGAAAGUCUUCAAAUUGCUGAGGAUUACAUUCAUGGAGUAAGAGCAAUGGAUUCUAUGUAUCUCCUUAAUCUGCAGAACAACUUUUUUCAAACUCCCUUGCACUUGGCUGUGAUCACCAAACAGUUACAAAUAGUUGAGAUCCUACUGAAAUGCAAUGUUGCUGUGGACAUCCCUGACUACUAUGGAAACACUGCGUUGCAUAUUGCCUGCCGUGAAGGAAACAUAGAUAUUGCCCAAAUCAUGUUUCAAUAUGCUUCCAAUCAUUUGAUGCUGGAUUUGAGAAAUUACGAUGGUUUGACUUGCCUUCACAUUGCUGCCCUCCAGAAACAUUACCGGAUGAUUGAAUUAUUGCUCAGCAAAGGUGCUAACAUUAAUGUUCAGGAUGGCAAAAGUGGACGCACAGUGCUUCAUUAUGCUGCUGAACAUGGGAAUGCAACUCUGGUAAACUUAUUGUUCAAUUAUUCUCAGUUGGACAUUAAUGCCACCACUUACAGUGGUAUGUCUGCGCUGUACUUGGCUGAAGGUCGCAAUCACAUCGAAAUUAAGCAGAUGUUACAACUCAAUGGUGCUGCUAUCACUGAUUAUUCAUCUGAUGAAUCAGAAGAAGAAACGUCAAUAGCUGAUGAUUUCUGCAUCAAUGGCCAACCAAUCUAA